ACACUGCAGGGAGGGGAUGGGGGAAAGGAGGUCAGACAGAAAAGUGUAGAACAGAGAAGGGAAAACAAUCAGUAAGGGGGAUCCAAUGUCUGCAGGGAAGGACUGAGUGUGACAUCACAGACACGCCCAUGACUCCUCCCCCAGGGGCAGUUUCUCUGUUACUGAGGCAGAAAUUGCGGGCAAGUGCACAGCCUCAUACUGGAAAGUGCUGGAGAAGAAGCAAAGGGAAGGGAUGAGCAGAGGUUUCACCCAAAAGCAGUAUGGAUCCAGCAGUAACGGAAGAAAUGGUAAAGGGAAUGGAGAAUUUCCAGUUUACUAUGGGCCAUAUUGAGGGGGUAUCACUGCCGAGCACCCUCUGUGAUGUCUGGGACUCUAUAUGUAAUUUCCAGGCCCGGGAGGACGACAUCCUCAUCGCUACCUACCCCAAAGCAGGGACAACGUGGAUGCAGGAGAUCGUGGAUCUGAUAUUACAAGAGGGAGAUGUGCAGAAGAGCAUGAGGGCCCCAAUUUUUAUCAAAGUGCCCUUCAUAGAGAUAGUACCACCGAAGCCCAUGCCAUCAGGUGUGGAGUUGGCACAAAAGAUGGCAUCUCCUCGUAUCCUAAAAACUCACUUCCCAAUUAAUCUGGUUCCACCCUCCUUUCUGGAGAAAAAGGUCAAGGUUGUCUAUGUUGCCAGAAAUGCCAAGGACUGUAUGGUUUCUUAUUAUUACUUCCAGAAGAUGAACAAGAUUCUGCCAGACCCCGGAACCUGGGAUAGUUAUUUUUCGGCAUUUCUGGCUGGAGAUGUGCCCUGGGGCAGUUGGUUUGACCAUGUGAUUGGCUGGUGGAAAGCUGUGGACAAACACCAGAUACUCUUUAUCUUCUAUGAGGACAUGAUCAAGGACCCAAUGCAUGAGAUACGGAAAGUCAUGAAGUUCCUCGGGAAGGACUUAUCUGAUGAGGUUCUGGAGAACAUCAAAUAUCGCACUUCCUUCCAGGCAAUGAAGGAGAACCCUAUGUCAAAUUACACCACACUACCCAAGGCUAUCUUUGACCAAACCAUAUCUCCUUUCAUGAGAAAAGGGACUGUGGGGGAUUGGAAAACCCAUUUCUCGGUGGCACAGAACAUUAUCUUUGAUGAGGAAUACAAGUGGGUUAAAGUUCUGCACUGAACUCUGAUAGAGAAUGAGAUCUAAGGACUGACUGGAGAUUCCCUUCAUCAUCUUCACACUGGGGACAACCUGUGCCCACAAGAUUGUACAGAGGAGCAAGAGGCACACGAAGCUCAAUAACAGAUUUUCCUAUUAUUUCUAUUUCUUGGUGGCACCUUUUUACACAGGACAUAAGGAACCUAUUAAAAAAAAAAAAUUACAAGUAUCACCUAUUCACAUGAUAAUAUAUAUUAGGGAGAAUCUGCUCAUAUACAUUAAGUGACUAUUAAAACCAGUAUAUUAUAGGGCCAUAUCAAGGCCUCUACAAAUCUCGUGUUAAUUAAAAGUUUUUAAAUAUGUGCAAAAAGCUGCAGAACCCUUCAAUUAAAAUGUAUCAUUUUAGUGUAUCAAAUGUGACCAUCUGUGAAGGCUAAAACCAAUGAGACUCAGAAACCAAAGUGCAAAAGUUACAAAUAAAUCUCAUUAUAUCAACUUAAA